AUGGCGUCUGAGUUAGAAGCAUAUGUUGGUCGAAUGGUAAAUGUUAUAACAUCAGAUGGAAGAACUAUCGUGGGUACAUUAAAAGGAUUUGAUAAUGUCGUCAAUCUUGUUAUCAAAGAUAGCCAUGAAAGAGUUUUCAGUCCAACUGAAGGUGUUGAGCAAGUUCCAUUGGGUUUAUUUAUUAUUCGAGGACAGAAUGUGGCUGUAGUCGGAGAACUUGAUGAAGAUCUAGACAGGCGAAUUGAUUUUUCACAACUGCGUGCUGAACCUCUUAAUCCUGUUGUACAUUAA